UUUCUUUUUUCUUGUGUCAACCAAACUGCACCUUUACUCUUGACGCUCUUUCUUGAAGCUUUAAUGGAGUUCCAUUUCCUACCCAUCUUCGCAUUUCUUUCACUGGCACUGGUGGCAAUCCAUGCAGCUCUGACUCCUGAAGCUUACUGGAAGUCAGUGUUGCCAAACACUCCUAUGCCAAAAGCUAUCAUGGAUCUUCUGCACCCUGGGAAAAGAAAGGCAGGAGUUGGCACCAAUAUUGACAUAGACAUCAGCAAUAUUGUACGUUACUAUGAAGCUGCUAGUGAUAAUGAGGAUCAAUUUCAUGACACCACCAACGUAGUUGCUUACUUCUUGGAAAAUGACAUGAAGCCCGGCAUGACCAUGAACUUGCACUUCACAAAAAGCAAGAAUGCAGCUACAUUCCUACCUCGUCAGGUUGUCGAAUCAAUACCCUUCUCUUCCAAUAAGAUGCAACAAAUCUUGGAUCACUUUUCGGUGAAAACCUACUCCACGGAGGCUGAUAUAAUGAAGCAAAUAAUCGAGCUCUGCGAGAAGCCUGGAAUCGAAGGAGAGGAGAAGUACUGCGCGACUUCGUUGGAGUCAAUAAUAGAUUUCAGCACAUCCAAGCUCGGAAAUUAUAAUAAUGUGCAAGCAAUCGCGACAAUGGUGGAAAAAGAAACUGCUCAAGUCGAGAAGUACUAUAGCAUUGCAGGAGCAAAGAUGGUGGGUGAGGAUGCAGUGGUGUGCCAUAAGCAAAACUAUGAAUAUGCUGUGUUUUACUGCCACAAAACACGUGCUACCAAAGAAUACAUGGUUUCUUUGGUGGGUACUGGAGAUGGUACAAAAGCUAAAGCAGUAGCAAUAUGCCACACUGAUACGUCGCAAUGGGAUCCCAAGAAUUUGGCAUUCCAAUGGCUCAAGGUUAAACCGGGGAAUACUCUUCCUAUCUGCCAUUUCCUGAAUGAGGAUGAUAUUGUCUGGAUUGCUAACUAGAAUUCGAUCUUAGUUGCAUUCCACUAGUACUCUCCUUUGGGGUGUGUGUGUGUUUAAAUUGUGACGGUUUGAGCCUCGCUAGCUAGCUGGGGAGAUGCAUGUAUUAUAAAUGUGUACGUGUGUUUGUUUGAACUUUUGAAAAAAAAAUAUAUAUAUAUUAAUGUAUAA